CGGGUGUAAAGUUCAGGGACGUGUCUUUGUAGCGUUGAGUUCAUAGUUGUGAGUGUGUCGAGAUGAGCCUGAGCGCGGAGAGCCACUGCGUCCCCCUGAGCGACGGGAACCGGAUCCCCCUCAUCGGUUUGGGGACGUACGGAGACCCGGCCACGACGCCCAAAGGAACGGCAUAUGACUGUGUGAAACUGGCCAUAGACGUGGGUUACAGACAUUUUGAUGGAGCUCUGGUUUAUUUCAAUGAACACGAGGUGGGACAAGCCAUCAGAGACAAGAUCGCAGACGGGACAGUGAAGAGAGAGGACAUCUUCUACUGCGGAAAGUUAUGGUGCACUUUCCACCCCCCGGAGAUGGUCAGACCAGCUUUGGAGAAGACUCUUAAGGCCCUGAAACUGGACUAUGUGGAUCUGUACAUCAUUGAACUGCCUAUGGCUUUCAAGCCUGGAAAAAUCUUUUAUCCCAUUGAUGAGAAAGGGAAGUACAUCUACCACCACACAGACCUGUGCGCCACAUGGGAAGCUCUGGAGGCGUGUAAGGACGCAGGGCUGGUCAAGUCUCUGGGAGUGUCCAACUUCAACAAGAGACAAUUAGAGCUGCUGCUCAACAAACCAGGGCUCAAGCACAAGCCGGUCUCCAACCAGGUUGAAUGUAAUCCAUAUUUCACACAGCCAAAGCUGCUGGAGUUCUGUCGACAGAAUGACAUCGUGAUCGUUGGUUACUGCCCCAUCGGCUCCUCCAGAGACGCAUCAUGGGUGAAUCUGAAGUCUGCUCCCAUGCUGGAGGAUGAGGUGCUGGUGUCCAUUGGUCAAAAGUACAACAAGAGCAGUGCCCAGGUCGCCCUGCGCUUCAACGUCCAGAGAGGAGUCGUGGUCAUCCCCAAAAGCUUCAGUCCAGACAGAAUCAGGCACAACUUUCAGAUAUUUGAUUUUUCUCUCAGUGAGGAGGACAUGCAGGCCAUUGAGGCUCUGAAUAAAAACGUGCGCUUUGUGGAGCUUCUCAUGUGGAGUGACCAUCCUGAGUACCCUUUUCAUGAUGAAUACUAGGCUUGUGCCACAGAGGAGCAAUGAAGGGAAGUGAGGCUAUUAAACGUGUUGAAAAUCUCAUACUAAUCGAUACUAAAACUAGUAUCGAAACUACAUAGUAACUUGAGCACAUAUCAAUACUAAAAAAGUCCCACUGACAGGACAGAAAAGAUCCUUUCUUGAAUGACUUUAGAAUGAUGCUGAGCUGUAUAAGAAAAAGUCUAAGAGCACAUAGACUAGUAGACUAGUAUACACACAUGGAACAUACUGCACCACUGAGAGAUUACACACAUAUAAAACAUGGGAUUAGAAAAGAAAGUACUACCAUUUAAUGCUGAAAAUCACAUUGUUGAGUCUGAGUAGUGUUUUUUUUUAAAUUGUCA